AUGGGGAGCCCCCGGGCCGCUCUUCUCCUGCUGCUCCUGCGCCCAGUCAAGCUGCUGCGGAGGCGCUUCCGGCUGCUGCUGGCGCUCGCCCUGGUGUCCGUGGGGCUCUGGACUCUCUAUCUGGAGCUGGUGGCGUCGGCCCAGGUCGGCGGGAACCCCCUGAAUCGGAGAUACGGCAGCUGGAGAGAACUGGCCAAGGCUCUGGCCAACAGGAACAUUCCAGCUGUGGAUCCAAAUCUCCAGUUUUAUCAUCCCCAGAGGCUGGGCUUCAAGGACCAAGACUCUGAGCGAGGUGGGAGCGCUAACAGCAGCUACCUGAAGUGGAAUAAGCCCGUCCCCUGGCUCUCAGAGUUCCAGGGCCGUGCCAACCUGCAUGUGUUUGAAGACUGGUGUGGCAGUUCUAUUCAGCAGCUCAGGAGGAACCUUCACUUCCCACUGUACCCCCAUAUUCGCACAACCCUGAGGAAGCUGGCCGUGUCCCCCAAAUGGACCAACUAUGGCCUUCGCAUCUUUGGCUACCUGCACCCCUUCACCGAUGGGAAGAUCCAGUUUGCCAUUGCUGCAGAUGACAAUGCAGAGUUCUGGCUCAGCCGUGAUGACCAGGUGUCAGGCCUUCAGCUGCUGGCCAGUGUGGGCAAGACUGGAAAAGAGUGGACUGCCCCUGGAGAGUUUGGGAAAUUUCGGAGUCAAAUUUCCAAGCCAGUGAGCCUGGCAGCCUCCCAGAGGUACUACUUCGAGGUGCUGCACAAGCAGAAUGACGAGGGCACCGAUCAUGUGGAAGUCGCGUGGCGACGGAAUGACCCUGGAGCCAAGUUCAGCAUUAUUGACUCCCCUUCCCUGUCCCUCUUCACAAACGAGACAGUCCUAAGGAUGGAUGACGUGGGCCACAUCCCUCAGACAGCAGCCAGCCAUGUAGGGUCCCCAGACUCUCUUCCUAGAGAUGAGCAGCCCCUUGCAGACAUGCUGCGGCCGGACCCUCGGGACACCCUCUAUCGAGUGCCUCUGAUUCCCAAGGCUCAUCUCCGCCAUGUCCUGCCUGAUUGUCCCUACAAACCCAGCUACCUGGUGGAUGGGCUUCCCCUGCAGCGCUACCAGGGACUCCGCUUUGUUCAUCUGUCCUUCGUUUACCCCAAUGACUACACCCGCUUGAGCCACAUGGAGACCCACAAUAAAUGCUUCUACCAGGAAAACUCAUACUACCAGGACAAGUUCAGCUUUCAGGAGUACAUCAAGAUGGACCAGCCUGAGAAGCAGAAGCCGGAGCAGCCAGGUUUCAAGGAAGGCCUUCUAGAAGAAUCCCAAUAUGGAGAAGCAGUGGAGGAGACCCUUGACUCCAAUGACCAGAAUGCCAGGAUGCCAGAGGGAAAACCAGUGCCCACCUUUACCCCUGGGCAGGAUGUCACUGACUACCACCUCCGAAGCCUGCGGAAACUCCUGGCUCAGCCCUGGGAGGGUCCACUGACACCCUUUUCCAAGAGGAAUUCCACAGCUCCCUUCCCUGUGAGGACCAGUGAUGUCCCAGUCCAGCCCCCAGAGAAGCAGGGGAGAAGACCCAGCCCUGGGCCCAGCCAAGAUCCCCCUCCCUCUGAGAAGUGGCCUCCGGGGCAUCUGGCAGGAAACCUGCCUCAAGUCAAGGGGCCCAGGCCCACUGGUGACAGCCCCAGGAAGACGCUAGGGCAAUCCCAGUGGCUGAAUCAAGUUGAGACAUACAUUGCAGAGCAGAGAAGGGGGGACAGGAUGGAGCUUCCAGCCCCCAGGAGGGGUUGGCCCGGGGAGGGAGAGGUGGUGGUAGCUGCAGGCCAGGAAGGACAGUCGGAGGGAGAAGAAGAGGGGGAGGAAGAGGAAGAGGAAGAGGAUGUGAGUGAGGUGUUCGAAUACAUGCCCAUGUUUGACCCCGUGGUAAGCUGGGACCAGACCUUCAGUGCUCGGAACCUGGACUUCCAAGCCCUGCGGACUGACUGGAUCGAUCUGAACUGUAACACAUCUGGCAACUUGCUGCUUCCAGAGCAGGAGGCUCUCGAGGUCACACGCGUCUUCCUGAAGAAGCUCAACCAGAGGAGCCGGGGGAAGUACCAGCUGCAGCGAAUUGUGAACGUGGAGAAGCGCCAGGACCAGCUACGUGGAGGUCGCUACCUCCUGGAGCUUGAGCUGCUGGAACAAGGCCAGCGCCCAGUGCGGCUCUCCGAGUAUGUGUCUACACGAGGCUGGCAGGGCAUCGAUCCAGCUGGUGGGGAAGAGGUCGAGGCCCGGAACCUGCAGGGCCUGGUUUGGGGCUCACACAACCGCCGGAGACAUGUCUUGAAUGUCCGGGCCCCAGAGCCCAAGCUGUGUUGGCCCCAGGGCUUCUCCUGGAAUCACCGAGCCGUGGUCCACUUCGUUGUGCCUGUAAAGAACCAGGCGCGCUGGGUACAGCAAUUCAUUGGAGACAUGGAAAAGCUGUUCCAGGUCACCGGUGACCCACACUUCAAUAUCAUCAUCACGGACUAUAGCAGUGAGGACAUGGACGUCGAGAUGGCCCUAAAGAGGUCCAAGCUGCGGAGCUACCAGUACAUGAAGCUAAGUGGAAACUUUGAGCGUUCGGCUGGGCUUCAGGCUGGCAUAGACCUGGUGAAGGACCCACACAGCAUCAUCUUCCUAUGUGACCUCCACAUCCACUUCCCAGCUGGAAUCAUCGAUACCAUCCGGAAGCACUGUGUAGAGGGCAAGAUGGCCUUUGCCCCCAUGGUGAUGAGGCUGCACUGCGGGGCCACCCCCCAGUGGCCUGAGGGCUACUGGGAGGUGAAUGGGUUUGGACUGCUCGGCAUCUACAAGUCAGACCUGGACAGAAUCGGGGGCAUGAACACCAAGGAGUUCCGAGAUCGCUGGGGUGGGGAAGACUGGGAGCUGCUGGACAGGAUCCUCCAAGCAGGCCUGGAAGUGGAACGUCUCUCCCUCAGGAAUUUCUUCCAUCACUUCCAUUCCAAGCGAGGCAUGUGGAACCGCCGCCAGAUGAAGAUGCCGUGAUCCCGAAGGGUGGCCCACUGGACUGACUGCUUCCUGCUCCUUGACUUGUGCUUGCUCCCCAAUGCCCCUACUCACUGUUGAGAAGGAGAGGGAAGGGGAGCAGAAGCCAUGGCCGGGCCCCAAGAGGCCUCAGAGCUAACACCCUCACUCCCCUGAGAGCUGUCGCCUCACACAGACAGCUGCUGAGGCCCGUCUCUCUACCCUUGGGGCCUCUGAAGGGAGGACCUUGAGAGAGGGACCAGGAGGGGCCGUGCACUCAGUUGACAGAGAUGGACCGGCUCCCGGGGAAGGCAGCACAGUUAAGGAAGGAAAGACCUGUUGGAGCAAUGCCAACCUAUCUGUGAGGUGCAUUCCAGCAUCCACCCACGCUCCUCCCAGGGAGUAGUGACCGUGCCCUGGAAACUCUUCUCUUGGACAUACUUCAUUGGGGUUUUUAUUUUUCU